CUCUUUCUUGCGCUGCGCAGUGCUGGCGACACCACCGGAGAGCGGUGCGCAUUUUCUCUCUCUCGUUAAGAGAGGAGCAGAGGAAGGAAAGACCGCAAUCUGACACUGACAGACUCGGACCCUGACUAAACACUGAUGCGCCCUCCAAACGGGAUAUCAGACCGAUCUAAGGAGGACUGAUUCUCAUUAAUCUGAGAAUAUCUUAUGGGUAUUUUCCGAUUCUCAUCCAUUAAAAAUCCGGUUGGAGCUGCGGGCUGAGAGACCAGCUUCCAUUGCCAGCUGAGAGUUACAUAACCGAGUGGCAUUAGCUGUCCAAGGUGCUGAAGUGAAACGGUCGGAGCCUAUAACGGGACGAGCCGGGGGGAAAUUCGCAACCUUGCGUAAGUCUACUCAUGUCACCGCGUAUAUGAACAACGUGACCGCACGAUUUGACGCUAAAAUCGCCUUUAUGAUGCUGUUUUGAGGCUCAUUUUUGCGCGUUAUUUUUCCUUAUCCGCCCACACAGAAGGUCACAGGCCCAUCACCGACCAACCGGGGGGAAGAGGAAAGCACGGGAUAGCAGGGGAAGAAGAAGAAGGUGUUUUUUAUUAAUUCACACGUUUCCUCCAUCGUCCCCGAAGUGAAAGACAUUCCUGAGGUGGUGGUCGAUUCAGCGGAGAGAGAAAAUGUCGGGGCAGACGCUCACGGAUCGCAUUGCCGCUGCGCAAUACCAGCUAACGGGAUCAGAUAUGGCCCGAGCUGUGUGCAAAGCCACCACUCAUGAAGUGAUGGCGCCCAAGAAGAAGCACCUGGAGUGUAAGUGCAGCUCUUCUUCUUCCUCUUCCUCCUCCUCUUCUUCUCUCUGCUGCAGGGCCUCACAUCAUCACCUCCACAUGCUUUAAUAACACAGAGAUGAGCUCUCAUUUAGAAACCCCCCUCAGCUUUAAAAGGGUGUGGUGCUUUAAUGAAUUGAUGUAGCCACGGUGAUGACCCUUCUGGUGACCCUCCAGUAAAGAUGAUGGAAACCCACGGAGAGAAAGAGAGAGUGGGGGGUUCAUGAUUUAAGGUGGACUGACAGGUCAUCCUCCAUUUAACCCUGGAACACUAUCACUACCUGAAAUAAUACACCAAAGAUAGGACAAUAGAUGACAAAUUAAAGUAGUUUUCUUGUAUUUUUAACUGUGCAAUGAAGGGAGCAUAUAAAAGUGCAACAAAAAAAUCCUAAAAAAUAAUAUAUAUAUAAAUAGAAAGGUGAAGAUUCAAGGUCCUCGGCACAAUAACAGGAGAGAGAAACAAAAUAUGGCAGAUUUUGUAAUAAUAAUAAUAAUAAUAAUAAUAAUAGUGCGUUGGAUUUUUAUAGCGUUUUUUUGUCAGUGACCUCAAAGCUCUUUACAUUAGAUACAUCAUUUGUUCGCUCACAAACUCACACUGUGGUGGUGGUAAACUAACGUAGAAGUCACGCUGCCAGUUUGCGCCUAUAGCUCCUCCGACCACCACCACACAACACUCGCAAUAAUACACCAGUGGAGGACACACAACCUGGGAGCAAGGUGGGGUAAGACUAGGGAUAGGGUGGGGUUUGAACCGCCAACCUUCCAGUUAUUGGCCGACCGCUCUACCUCCUGAGCGAGUAAAAAUGACCAGCUGACUCAAAUAUUUCUUAUCACAACUUUGUGAUCGUUAUUCAUCGAGAUGCACCGAUCCAUUUUUUUCCGAUCGAAUCCGGUACCAAUACCUGGACUGAGCGUAUUGGACGAUAUCUGAUACCGAUAUCGGCCGAUACUCUGUGAGUGAAGGCAUCAGGCUUGACAAAAAAAGGUCACAAAUUAACACAGAUAUAAAUGUACUUAAUAUUAAGUAUUAACAAAUAACAAGUAAGACUUCCAUGUAAACAUUUAGUGCAAAAGGAGAGACAGACAUAGAACAUAGAGCGAACAGAAUCGCUGCGUUUUUUUUGUUUGAUAUUAACUAAAAGAAAAAAAAAAAAAAGACUGGAUCAGCUCAUUCAUCAGAUAUCUGAUCCAGUUAAUUUGUCAAUAUCAGAGCCGAUAUUCAAUCCCUGGUUACUCAUAAUCCUUUGCGAAAUAAAGAUAGCAUUCAAAUUCCAGGACCACUCUUACUGACCUUAUUCCCUUCAUGCAGCGAUCAAAUCCACCCAAACCUACUUUACCCUCUAUGACUAAAAUCACCCUGUGAACACGUGUCCGUAGGAAAAAGCAGGUUUCAAAGAUGUCAAAGGAAAUGCUGAAGCCACAAACUCAACAUAAUGAAAAUCACCCAGCGAUAGUGUUCUGGGGUUAAUGUGUUCAGAGAGGCCUUGAGGAAACUGGAUGGACUUUACAUUCACACACACAAGCUAAGAGACUGCAGAGAGAAAGAGACCCCAUGUUCUCAAAGAUACAGCUGUGUAAAAUAAUCAAACUCCACAGCUUUAUUGACACAUCUACAGACGACAGCAGGGGCCAGCGUACGCCAAAUCAUGAUUAAUCACUCACAUCUAUCACAAAUACUGAGUCAGAGCGAAGCGGCCGCGUGGCGCUGCAUGCAGACGAUGCUGUCCUCUGACUGGCUCUUCCCACUAUAGGUCUGUGAGAGUGUGCGGGUCUGUAUAUUUGCAGUAUCCGGGCAGGUUUUUGUCUCUGUUUCUUUGACUUGGACCUUAUAUCUUGUGAUCCGCUCCCCUGCUGAAUAAUUUAAUAAUCAGCCAAUGACUGCCUUGCAUUAUUUACACUGCCAAAGGUGACCAUGCUAAUGCUAGAACGCACCACAGACCGGCGUGUCCUCACUCUCAGUCUGCUGUGUCUGUCUGUUUGUUUUUAUACUUUUACCUUCUGACACUCAGAGCCUCUUUCUCCAGCUCAGGAAACCACAGGGAGAUAUCUUUAACACUUUCCUUGAGCAGGUUUUGGUGGAAACACAAACACACUCAAGGUCUUUCAUGAGGUUUUGGUCUCAGAGGUUGUGCUGUUUCUGUUUCUAGGGCGUUCAAACGAGCCGCGUGUAUGUAGGCCACUGUGCCUCUUCUGCACGUGUCUUUUUGCUGGAGGAAAUUCCUGCCCUCAAGAGCUGAGAAACACUUCGACUCGGAGGCAAAACCUUCCUAAAAAUGUGCAAAAACACCUAAAAGUUGAUUCAAUUCUUGUGUUUUAAUUGUUUGAGAGAAAUAGUCAAAAAUCAAACGUCAAGGAAUCACUGAAAAGUAUAAAUUCACCUUUUUCUGCUGCAUCAAUAAGUUGUAUGUGUCCCUUUGGCACACUGACAGUCUGUGACCCUUUGGGUGUUGGUGUUGGUGUUGGUGGUGGUGGUGGUGGUGCAGUGCAGUUGCCAUGGCAACAGAUUGCAAGUGUCAGGGGGUGGCACCAUACAGACAAGGAGAGAUUGUGAGACAGGAGCAAUGACGGGGCGGUUAUCUCCUGUGUGCAGAGAUGAACGCUGUGAAUGUAGAUUUCUGCGGCGAUAAGUGUGGAUUUAUAAAAGUGUCUUUAGUGCGGGUGGGUCUCAAAGGUGGACAUAUAUAUAUUUGAUCUUCUACAGUAAAUAAAUAGCUGCAGUGUAAUAAAACUGGAGGAGGUGCAGCCAGGUUAACAAAGCUGCUCAAUUUCAGCCGUAAAAUGUCACGUUAAGUUCAUAUUUCAGCUCAUAAGUCUGAUAAAAUGUGAACCGACAGGUGGAAACAGUAAAAAUAAUAUCAGUAGGGAUUAGUCACUCAUAUCUGGCAAACAUGUGUCCAUGCAAGGUCAACUUAGAGAGUUGUGUGUGCACUCUAUCACCACAGGCAAUAGGCUUAAAAUCAUCUGAGGUCACACCGCAUGUGUAGGAAGGGCUAUUCUAGGCCGUGGAUCCUGAAAGACGUUAAUAACCGCACGCACAUGAGUAAUUAAUUAUGUCACAUGAUCUCUCCACUUUACUCGUAUGUGUCCGGCGUUUGUGAGCAAAGCCACAGCUGGCAUCUCUCAACGUUAAGUGGAGCUUCUAGUAAGUUGUUGGUUAGCUUAGCUUAGAGCGAAGACUGAAAACAGAAGAAAACAGCUUCCCUGGUUAUACCGACUGACCACCACCCCUGAAGAUGAUUAAUUUAGAUCUUUGAUUAAAUCUCAAUAAAAAUCAAGUGUAGUCAAUUAAUGAUACUUUUACUACUGAGUGUGAGCGUCUGAGGUGUAUCUGUAAUUAAAAUUAAAGUGGUGGUGAUCUGAUUUUUUCAUAUUUUGAGGCAAAUGUAAAUUUAACAAUGUUGGAUGUCAGCAAAGUUUCAGAGUAAAGGCUAAUGUGUGUUGAAGUAAUCCCCACAUGGGACUAUAGGGGGCGCUGAGGGGCUCAUUUAAAAGGUUACACAAGGAUUCAGUGAGAUCAAUGCUGCGUUUGAGGUACCUCAGGAGUCAGAAGUCCGAGGUGAAAAUGACGUCACACCAAAGUUACAGUUCAAGAUGGCUACAUCUACGAAAGGUAUUUUAGCGCUUCCCUUGUCCGAAUAUAAGGCAAGCGCUAAAAUAACUUUCAUACAUGUAGCCGUCUUGUUUCCGCCUCCGAUUUUGCUUUAUUCCGAUUUGUUAACUGAAACGCUGGGAACUCAGUGUGACGUCAUUUUCAGCUCCAACAUCUGACUUCUGAUGUAACUUGAACGCAGCAUAAGUUCCCAACAACAAACAGGGCGCUAAAAGCUAGCUCAAGCUAACUCACUAGCUAGCGAACAGAUAUGAGUCAUCAUUUUUGGUUAAUGCAUACAUUUAGGGUUAUUUAUGGUCAUUCAACUAAAUUAAAGGGCGUCUUAUUUACUUUAUGAAUUCUCUUAUAUUGUUCUUUCUGUUACGAAACUUUAUUUCUGAGUGUUACGUCUCUUUUCUUAAAAUGUUAGCGUCGCACUAAUAAGUGUAUUAAAGGUGAACUGACUCAGAGACACUUUUUAACAUAAUUUUUUAACAUCGAUUAGAUCUUUUGUGAGUGAAUCAGCUCUCUAUUACUAUCUCUCUACUAACUAUCUUGACUCAGUGUGUGAACUCUACAGAAACUAUUUAAGACCGACAGACCCAGACAAGGGCUCGGGAAAAACACACUUAAACCUACACUGUCGCACACAAACACACGCGCUGGCUCAGCAUGGGGCCUCACUCGCAGCUCGUUAUUGGAAGUGUGGGCCGUGGAUUACCGUAAGAGUCUUUAUUUAGCGCCGCCAAUCCUCAUUAGACGUACACACACACACACACACACACACACACGGAUGUUGAUGUGUUUGUUUCCUGUAAUGAUACGGCGACAGGAAUCAUGGAUUUACACGAUAAGAGAUGGAGACACAUUAAACACCGGUAAACAGAUACGAUAACAUGUUCACAAAGACUGUUAUUAUUAUGGAGUGUUCAUAUACCAUAGUGGAGCAUAACGGUGACAUGAUGAUGUUACAUAAUCAUAUUUCAGCCAUCGUGGACCUUGUGUGACUAUGUGUGUCGUCUGAAAAGGCCUGAGGGGAGAGUGGUCUUCAGCCAACCCACCGAGAAGAAGGAAAAACAGGAUAGAGAGAUGAAUUAGUAUCCACAUAGAAAUAGACGACUUAGAUGGAGAAAUGAUUGAUGUGAGCGCCGCCUUCAUUUAGCGUCAGACAUGAUCAGAGACGUCACGGUGCGGCUGUUACCAUCUGUUACAGCUGUGCGGAGAGACGGGAGCGUAAUUAACAACACAAAGAUCAGAAGAAGAUCAAUUAACUUAAAACUCAAUCAGCUGUUUAUGAGGAAUUAGAGUUUUUUUGUUGAUGUUGUUGUUGUUGAGUCUGUUUAAGGCGGACGAUGAUCAGAUAACACGUAAACGUUCCACUGGUGACAAAGAGCUGAUAAUGCUGAGAGACAGGUGGUGUCAAACAGGUGUGUGUGUGUGUGUGUGUGUGUGCUGUGUGGGGGAUGGGCAUAGAAAGACUAGUAGCAGUGAUUAGUAAUAAUCUGUUUACAGCACCCCCUAACUCCCCGAGCCCCCCUCAGACCCCUCUGUCCGGCCUCCUGCUGUCCUGAUUCGACUGUAAACACCCCCCCUCUUCUUCGUGUCUACAGACUCCUCCUCCUGCUGUUACUCUCGGGUUUCUUCCUCUUCACCUCAUUUGCUCUCCGCUUUAGUAUCUAACUUUUUCAAGCAAAGCCAAGGCCGGCUCGAUAAAACAGCCUUCCCCCUCCGUCCAUUAAAAGACGUGCCUGCCAAUAUCUGCUGCAGUCCUCCUCUGCUCCCUGUACGGACACACUCAGAUCUGUCCUUGCUGUAGCCGUCAAUGUCAGCAGGAGAAGAAGCGUUUACAGGACACGUUUGUUUUUUAAGAUUGCAAGAAUUUAGAGAAAGUUGUUAUUGUGUUUUAUUAUCGCUUCAACAGAUGCACUCUCCGCCCUUUUUUACGCCUGUGUUUGGAUCAUUUAAAUGCCCUCUAAUGGCGUAGUUGGCAAACACUCUGCAGUAGACUUUAUUAGCAGAUCCAUCCUUUUCAAAAUCUGGGUUUAGGAUCUAUAAAACCAAAUCUUCAUUCUUGGAGGUUUCUGCAGCCAUCUGUCUGCUUUUUUUCUCAGUCAGCUCUGUCUGUUUGCUGAGAGAACCAACACAGGAGCCAAGACAUAGACGACUGCAAGAGGAACCAACUUACAUUAAGUAAAAUCUGGUGAUUUUGUAGAUUUUGUAUAAGGGCUGGGUGAUAAACCGAAAAUUUACCGAUACUGAAAUUUGCGACAAUAACCAACAUUAUUUUGCCCAUAUCGGUGUAUUCAAUGUCAGAAUAAUAAAUCAAUCAAAGUUGUUUUUGGAUGUGUGAAGGUAGGCUAUGGUCUCAUGUCCCUUUAAGAGACGUGACUCCACCCCAUCCAGUCUGUAACAAAGAGGUGAAGACAGGUGAGGAGAUGGAGGACGGUUCAAAAGUUGGAGCGGCUGAAGUAGACAAAGUUAAUGUGGGAGGGGGUGAGCAGCAAAAGGUGAUAAAUCAAUAUUGGGAAAAUUAAGACCCUUAAAAAGUACUAAAAAAUCUUUUCAUGGCUUUACUAAGUCUUAAAUUUCUAAAGUAUUAUUUCUGAAUUCGCUGUCCAAGAGUUUGGGUCCUAAAAACAUGGUAAACAUGUGAACAUUUAUUUGUUUCCUUAAUAAACAAAGAUGAACCAGUACAUAAAAAAACUACGAUAUUGUGGGUGCGUUCAUAAACUGUCUCAGAGAGCGCCAGAGUGCACUCAGAAAUUCACAAAGUACGCUCCGGCGCUCCCAGUGCACCACCAAAACCUAGUGCUGUCACACUACCACCAGCAGCUGCACCUAAACAUUAAGACUACGACCUCGGCUCACUCUGUCUCCUCAUUUUCUGCCGCUGGGCGACACGGCAACGCUGAGGGCCAUGUUUCCUGAUUCAGACAUAGCCUAGACUUUUGCUUGUGGUAAAGACAAAUCUGGUUACAUCACACGAUUUGACUUAGCACUGUACUGGAUACUAAAUGGUAUCUAAAUGUUUAUACAAGAUGGUUACAUAUUGAAGUGGGAGUGAGGUUUUGAGAAACAUUGGUAUGGUCUUGAGAAAGGUAUUAAAAUUAGCUUCAGGAUUCCUGUUUAUACCCUGAAAAAGAGGACAUAUCCGGGUAAAAGAGGACGUAUGGUCACCCUAAUUCUGUAGGAAUGGACGCCUAUGCAUUACUUCUCCUAAAAGACCACCAUUUCUUCACUGAGACGAGAAAACAAAAUGGUUUUAAUGCAGAAUCUUUUCUCCAUUUAUCACCAAACGUUCUCAUUUCUACACACUGUACCUUUAAUUUGAAAAAUGGCUGUUCUGCACGCUCUCUGCUGGAGACGACUCGGUCUGAGAGUCUGAGCUGGCACCACAGGGGGAGCGCUGACGAAGCAUUAUUCUCUUUUUUGUGAGUGUGUGGACUCAGGUCUUUGUCCCGGCUUAUUAUUCUCCCGGGUGUCUAAAGCAGCUCUGCAGUGAACUUCAUCAAAGUUUAAUCAGAGUUGUUCACAUUAUGUUGGAGUUUGUCUCAGAACAAACUAACCUAAACUGACAUCUUAAACAGGAACUCCUUUUAUGGUAUCAGGUGAGUUAAUGACGGCGUUUUUCUAUCUGUGUUUGCAGACCUGGUGUCAGCCACCAACACCACCAACGUGAACAUCCCUCAGAUGGCUGACACGCUGUUCGAGCGAGCCACCAACGCCAGCUGGGUGGUCGUUUUCAAGGCGCUCGUCACCACCCAUCACAUGUGUGUCCACGGCAACGAGGUAAGAAGGCGGGGCUGUGUCAGUGUGUGAAUUGUUGUAUUUUCACUCUCCAUAACUGCAGUAUUAACAAGUUUUCUUCUUCUUCUUCUUCUUCAUCCUCAGAGGUUCAUUCAGUACUUGGCUUCCAGGACCUCCCUGUUCAACCUCAGCAACUUUAUUGACAAAACCGGCUCCCACGGUGAGAAACGCUCGCUCUGAUGUCUGCUGCUGAACGUUCUCAGUAUAUCUGGUGAAACAGGAAGGGAGCCAUCUGGCAGAUAGGAGGGGCUGGACGUGAUCACACAUGCAAUUUUACACACACUCGUACACACCCACACAUGCAUGAAAACAGAUGCUGGCAUCUCUGUUUGGAAAUGCUAAUGUCUCAUGUUGAAUUACUCUCUCAUCUUCAUGCUUUCAUCGCUACAUUUGCACACUGAUUAAGGGUCGCCUCGUCUUUAUUGUGUGUUUUUCUGCUCAGUCUAGAAGCACAUUUAGAUUAUUGUUUAUGCUCAAAGAUGGAUUUGCAUCUUUAUUUUGGAUCUGCUGUUUUAAAUCAUAAACGUCUAUUUGUGAUCACAGUAAACCUCAUAGUGUAGAUUGAAAAGUUAACGUGUGUCCUCGUGUUCUGGAUCAGAUUCUAAGUCAUGAUGUGUUUACAAAUUAUAAAUAAUGGAAAAAGGUCAGUUGGAAAUGUUAAGUGCUUUGAUUUCAUGAUCUAAUGCUUCAGUGCAGAAGAGAGCAGACGAUCUGCAGCAGCCUGAGUGAGCCUCAGUCGAGAGGUGCUCCAACGAUUCAGAUGCAAAGACACAUGCAUAAAUCCGAAACAAAGCCAAGAAUUUACGUGCACAUGAAAAAAACAUGCUGCAAAAAGGAACUGUUAUUAGAAGAUGUGCUGCAUGUGCACAAAAAGGUGCAAACUCAUGCAGUUAAAGUCACACUAAAGCAAAAAUCAGCUGUAGAAGACAAACGCUGCAAAUCAAGGAUUUUUGACAAAAGGGUUCCAGGCCUGAAGGGGGCGCUAAGUGAGACAGCCAUGUAAUGAACUGACCAAUUAUUAUACCAAAGACUAACAAAAGGAUACCAAUCCUGAAGACUUAAGCGAGGUUUAGUGGUAGUAGCCCUGAGAUGUGACGAGACAUCUAGCUAGCUGCUCAGCUAGUGGUGAAUGUAACUGACUCAGUACAGAGAACACAGGAACUAAACUCAGGUAGCAGACAAAGUUCUCCAGAGGAGCCUCACAGACCCAUGAUCAGGUCUCCUGAAAAUUCAUCCCAGUCUCUGUUUUUCCCAGGAUACUUUAAACGUGACUCUCUAAAACUAAACUAAACCACUAAAAAGUCGGAGUGUGGUCUUCAUCUUUUUCUGUUACUGAUAAAACUGUUUCCCUUUGUGAUCCUGAAGGUCAAGAACGCCUCCAGUGAAAAGUCUAGAUUUGCAUGUUGUGUUUUUGACUUUGCAUCAUUUGUGGAUUCGCAGUGAUUUUUUUUUGCAUCUGCAGUGUGGCUACUGUUGCCUUUGGUUUGGACUUUUACCUGCAUUUUUCUAUUCACAUUGUUUGAACCUUUUUCUCAAUGAAACUCAGCGGGGAAGUUGCAGAUCAUUAUCCCUCGUUACUUCAGAGAGUUUAAAGUUCGCUGUAAGGGGCGAUGCUAAAGUCAACAAACAGAAAGUGAAAGAAAAAUAAAGUUUUAAUUAAUGAAAUCCUCUUUAACCUUUCCAUUUAGGCUACGACAUGUCGACAUUCAUCAGACGGUAUGGACGAUACCUGAACGAGAAAGCCUUCGCCUACCGCCAGAUGGCUUUUGAUUUCACCAGAGUCAAGAAAGGGUGGGUCAAACUCGUUAUUUCCUCGACUCACUGAUUGGACUUUGUCGUUUUUGUUUCUCUUGAUUUGCUCAGCGGUUAUUUGUUCUGUCAUGGUUCAUGUAAUCUCUACUGUGUCGUUUCAGUGCUGAGGGUGUGAUGAGGACCAUGACCACUGAGAAGCUGUUGAAAGGCAUGCCUGUCCUUCAGACUCAGAUUGACACACUCCUGGAGUUUGAUGUGAGUCCGACUUUGGCUCCACUCCACAGAAAUCUCAAACAUUGAAGAGGAAGACUCAUGAUCCUCCUGACUGUCUUCUCUUAGGUCCAUCCCAAGGAGCUGAACAACGGGAUCAUCAACGCCGCAUUCAUGCUUCUCUUCAAGGACUUGGUCAAACUGUUUGCAUCCUACAACGACGGGAUCAUCAACCUAUUAGGUGAGCAGAACCCGAGAAAGUCUCAGUGAACGUCUAAGAGGUGAGAACGUCCUUAAACAAGAACGUGAACGUCUUCUUUUGACAGAGAAAUACUUCAAGAUGAAGAAGAGCGACUGUAAGGAGGCCUUGGAGAUCUACAAGAGGUUCCUGACCAGGGUGACAAAGAUCGGAGAAUUCAUGAAGCUGGCUGAGGUAGAGGACCACCGACAGCUCUUCAUUUAAAAGUUCUCAGAUGUGAAAUUUGGGAUUAAACUCGUGUUUCUUUUACAGACGGUCGGAGUCGACAAAAACGACAUUCCUGACAUCAACUAUGUAAGUCCACUCCACACUCACAUCUACCAACCAUCCCACACCACACAAAAAGAGCAGCGACUCACACACCAUGAUCUCCUCCUGCUCAGUGUCUCCACCCGGGGGUAGUGGUGGAUCUAGCAGACUCAGAUGAUGAAGAUUGUCCUUUUACGCCUCUUGAGGACCCGGUAACCGCGGGGUGUCCUUGCAGAGUGCCUGUAGACAGGAUGAUGGAGUGUUAGCAUGCUCUGAUUUCUCACAUGCGGUGGUGUUGUUGCAGUGUUAGAGGGUUUCUGGAGCCGAUUUUCGUCCUGACAGCUGAGACAGAAACGUUGACAGUUUGACUUUUUCUUCGUUAGGCCCCCAGCAGCAUCCUGGAGAGUCUGGAAACACACAUGAACGGGCUGGAGGACGUAAAAGGCGGGAAGAAGGGGUAAGAAAACGACGACAUGAGCUGUCACUUCCAGAUCCCUCCUGGAAACACGAUUUGUACUGAACACGUGCGAAACGUACGUCACUUCCUCUCCUCGUAUUUCAAAGCUUUUUACGGCAGUUAGUCGUUACUAUUGCUACCUACCCGAUCUUUAUUGCACAAGAGCAAAUUUACAUCACCUUGAAAACUUCAUUUAAACUACCGAUUGAUUCCAGAAACCAGCUGGCGAUGUGACAGGCUAGCUAGCGGGAGGCUUCAGAGCUAAUGCCGAGGCCUUCGCCAGAGCUCCUGCCCAUCACGGUGAGACCUUUUGGGCCACAGAGAGCGCCGUCACCCGGUCAAAAUUAUGGUUCUCUGACUUUUCAAAGUAUCAAGGGGGGAUGCUCUGGAGGUGUGUGGCCACUGAUUGUACACCCUUCCUGGGCCAAAGAGAGCGCCACCACCUGGUCAAAAUCAUGGUUCUCUGACUUUUAAGUAUCAAGAGGGGAUUUGUUUCUUUUGUUUUAUAAAUUAGAUUAAUUAACAAGAAGCCUCAACAUUCUUGACAAUGAAUUUCAGCGUUUUUAUACAGCGUAUCAAUUUCAACAGUGAAAUAUUCACAUUCAUUCAAGCCUUUUUAUAACUACGUUGCAAUUUUACAAUUAAGCUAUUAGUAGGGCGGCAGUAACUCUGGAGGUAGAGCAAUUGUCUAAUAACCGGAAGGUUGGCGGUUCGAUUCCCCCCUAAUCCAAGUUUGUCCGUUGUGUCCUUGGGCAAGACACUUAACCCACCUUGCUCCCAGUGUGUGUCCUCCACUGGUGUAUGAUUGUGAGUGUUGUGUGGUGGUGGUCGGAGAGGCCGUAGGCGCAGAAUGGCAGCCAUGUUUCCACCACCACCAAAGUGUGACUGUGUGAGCGAAUGAAUGAUGUAUCCAAUGUAAAGCACUUUGAGGGUCUCUGAUAAAGCGCUAUAUGAAAUCUGAUAUUAUUAGGAACCGUUAAUCGUGGAACUGGGCGCCAUUCUCUUGACUUCCCAGCGCUCUGCUUCGGUUGGGAGAAGCACUCCGUAAAAGUGUGUAGCUGGUGAUAAACUGAAGCAUCCAUUCUGACUGAAGUGAGCUCGCUGAUGUCAAAGCUGUCGCAAACCGCAAGGGGUAAACUGUGGCAAAGUUUGGCUAGUAAAGGAAGUGACUUACGUUUCGCACAAAUGCAGUACAAAUCGGGUUCCUGGGACGGAUCAGGUAGCAACAUGAGCAAAAGGAAUUAAAUUGUAGAUCCAAGGAACUUCCUGUUUGUUGCGCUGCUAAAAUCUUUCCUACAGUUGGUGGAAACGGGUGUAUAAUCUGUUUUAUCUCCAUAUUUUCCUUUAACCCUUCCUCUCUUUUAUCCCCUUUAUGUUCAUUUGGAAUCACCAGUGAAGGGUGAGCAUAAACUGUGUGUUUUAGAGCUUUUACUGACUUCUUAGAAAACUGUGAUUUACUCAUCAUUCCCCCCACCAGGUACAUGUGCUCAUUAUUCACAUGCGGGUCACGCCGUGUCAAUGAUCUCCAUGUGAAUAAGCGCCAAAACGUAACGUGUUGAAAUGUGUGUAUGGAUGUAGAAACACAUGCUGUGAUGGCGUCACAUCAUGUGUGUUAUCGCACCCUGACAUGCAAUGUGGAUCAGACUAUGAAGGGUUAAAUUAAAUACGAGGCUAAAACGAAAAGGUUAAUUUAGAAAAAAUGAGUCUCUUCUUUGGAAAUUAACUCUUCAUAUGAUCACAUAUGACGCAGUCUGUCUGAUAUUUCUGUUCAAUCAAUAAUCAUCAGUGUCUGUUCAGUCUAAAGCGCUGACUCAUCCUUCUGUCUGCACUCUUUCAGGUCUCCGACAAAGGUAAGUCGCUCCGUCUAAACCGUCUGAACUUUAAUCCGGUUGGCAGAGUUUGAAGCGUCACUGAAAUGGGGUUUCCCCGUCAAUCUUCCAGGGCUCUCCGACAAACAACGUGUCUCCAACAUCGACUCCAGCCAAAUCUUCCAACGCCGUUCCCACGCUGCAGCCUCCUCCUGGGGAGACUGCCGCCGCUGCUGCCGCCGCUGCACCUGAGCCAGCCGAAGAGUAAGAUCUUCAUUCUUCGCCUUUAAAGGGAUAUUCUGGAAUUAAAUUAAGGCAGGGUCAAACACACCGUAACACCAAGUUAGACUCCCUGUCCAGAGAUGAAUGUUGCUGACCGCUUGCUUCUCUAGUUAUACCAACUUUAGUAACGUCCGCAUGACAGCAAUACAGAGAGCCACGCCCCCAACCAAUACGCCACUCUAUAGCCACAAAUAAUGCUCAGAACAGCACCUAACUUCAUCAACAGGACAUAUAGGGUCACAGCCAUAGUACUAGACACCAAACAUCUUCUUAACUUUGACUCAUUUCUUUAGCAAAGAGGCUAAACACAACUCACCUACUCUGUUCCAGCAACCGCUUGUUUGUACAGAGACCUCGGGCCAGUCCAUUACAGACUACAGGGGGGUGACGCAGCUCAAGGAAGAAUAUGAUGAGAACAGUAAUAAUCACAAUAUUAAUCAUUUUGCACUGCAGAGGCUGUAGUUCUUCUGUCUUAGCGUCUCGGUCUGAUUGUAUUUCCAUGAAGAAAUGAUCAUAAAUGUUCUUCCUUGAGCUGCGGCACCCCGCUGCAGUCCAUGGACUUGCCCAAGGUCUAAAGUUGGUAUAACUAGAGAACCAAGCGGUCGGCAACAUUCGUCUCUUGAUGGGGUGUCUAACUCAGUGUUACGGUGUGUUUGACCCUAAAUUAACUUUACGCCGGAGUAUCUCUUUAUUAGCAGAUGACAUGUCGGCCGUUAACGAGUUUAAACUUCUUCCAGAAACAGAAACGUUGGCUGUUGUCACGCUCACUCCUUGUUUCUCAUCUUUCAGUUCUUUGUUGGACCUGGAUCCACUGUCCUCCUCGGGUCCUUCAGGAGGAACAUCAGCUGCUCCCACGUCCUGGGGAGGUGAGUGAACCAUCAGCUCGCUCUACGAAUAGAUGAAUUUACGUCUCGUUAACUAGCUUGAAUAAUGCGGUUUCCUCGUUCUCUUUGUGUCUCCGCAGAUCUUCUUGGAUCUGGUGAGUCCCCCUCCACUUUUCUUUAACCUUCAGCCAGCUGUCUAAAUAAGUGUGCAGUCAUCCUCCAGGAUCUCUCUCUGUGUAAUUCAAACUCUAAUCUGAAAUUGAGGUGAUGUGGCGGUCGUGUCAGUGUCUUAAUCCAGAUGAAGCCUUAGAUGGACUCUGAAAUGUCAUGUGGUUUCCUCCCUGUUUGUCUCCCACAGUGGUUCUCUUUAGUCUGAGUAGUGUCUUUGUUUCUCUCUGCCCUCUCUCUCCCUUCCCUCCACAUACUCCAUCGUCUGUUUUUGUUUAUUCUGGGGGCUGUUUUGAUUGGUUCCUUUAUGAAUGGAUAAUUUUGCUCUCUUUAUUUGGUUAAAAUGUUUUUUUUUUUAUUUGAUUGGUUGAUUCCAAAAACUUUAUAAUUGAUUUAAUUGGGUUUUUGUUCUCGGUUGGUUUUUUUUUUUGGUUGCUCUUUUUUGGGUUAUUUUUUAAAAAACCCUAUUAACGCUCGAAGAAAUGGGCGAUUCCUUGCUAUCUGAACCCACCCUCACGGCAGAGCCCGCCGCCUCCCCUGCAGCGACGCCCACUCCUGCAGCAGCAGAAGCCGGAGUCUCUCUAGCUCCUCCCACUAGCACAGCAGCCGCCACUUCCCCUGGCGCCGCCAAUAUGGAUCUGUUGGGAGGUCAGUGGGCUUCCAGAAAAUUCUCUACGAAAGAAUCACUCUGAGAAGCUCGACCAGCAAAAACCAUCACACUAAAGAUACCACACUGCAUGCCAGAGCACAUACAGUAUUUAGAGGUAAAGUCUCGAUGAUCAACACACGCCAAAAUAUUUAUGUCACAUUUAAUUUAUGUAUCCUUCAUGCCCUCUUUCAUUUUAGUCAAUCACAUGUCCAAACUGUAAACUAUAAAAAAGUAAAACAUAGAUAUUGUGGUGAAGUUUAAAGCUCCUCUGAGGAACUUUCUGUCUGUGCUGAUUUUGGCGCCCCCUGUGGACAAAGUGUUAACCUUUAUAAUCAUGACGAUUUCAUCUCAUCUUCACAAAGUAAACUAAUGUUGACUCUUUACAGUAAAAUUUUAUCAUCCACUGUUAGGGCUGCACGAUUUUGGCCAAAAAUAAAAUCACAAUUUUUUUCUCAGAAAACUCGAUUUUCGAUUUCGAUUAUUUAUCUAGUGACAACUUCACCAAACUUCACUUUAAAAAUAUAUAUUUUUUCUAUCAUCUCUUAAAACAUAACCACUGAACAUGAUGUGAUGCACAUGCCAAGCCAGUGAGUGGCGCUGUAACGCUGCACAGGAAAUGCUCAAAGGACAGAAGAAGAAUACAGAGCAUGUGUAUCCACACGGAGAUGAAAUGGUCGUCAUUUACAGAUGACCUGUUUUCAAAAAGUAACAUUUACAGUCACCCGAAACGCAGUUUCCGUGUAGAUAAAACGCCGAUACGACAAAAAACUUUAACGUUUCCUCCUGAAUUAGUUUCCGUGGUGACGGUUUGAUACCGCCUUCAGACAGACUUUGCAGCGGGGAGUGGUUUACUCUUCAUCUGAAACUGUGAAGUCGUACCAAUUCAACACGACUGACUCGCUCUUGUCCUAUUUAACCACGAAAUUAUCGCCUUCUUUCGCAAACGCCAUGUUUGUUUACACUGGUGUGAGUGUGGGAAAGGGAAGGGGGAGCCUACGGUAGCCUGGAGGUGCGAGACAUGAUAGAGAGGAUAAUCGAUUUGAUGAUUUUAAUUUUUCUAACAUCGUCAUAAUCAAAUAAUCUGAUUACGAUUUUAAAUUGAUUAAUCUAUCAGCCCCACCCACUGUUUUUAUUUACAGUUGGAAAAAGUAACUUAAUCUGUUUUUCUGGCGUUUCUUUUACAAACUAUAAAGACUUUAAAUAAUCAAUUAAUUAAUGGAGGCUUAUUUGCAUUUGUACCAUAAUGUAUUUCAGUCUGUUUACCAAUCAAAAACUCCUUACAGGAGCUUUAAAUGCUGGUAUAACAACAUGCUAAAGUAAACAAUAGUGCUAACUCGCCAAAGCUAAUAUGUGUUUUUUCUCUAUUUCUAGCUUCAAAAGGGAAACUGGGAUGUGAUUGGCUAGAAUAUAAAUGAGCGGCAGUGACUUAUAAUAAUAUAGCCGUCCUGAAAAGUGACAAGGAACCAAAAAAGGUUUUGGAUAAAGUAAAAAAAAAAAACUUUGCAACCAUGAAGCAGUCUGAUUCUUCUGUUUCAUACAUGCACACUGAUAUCCCACAUGCUGAUUAAUCUCUGUAUUAUAAAGUUAAAUUCAGCCGCACUCUCACGAUCAGGAACAUACUGCUGCACUCAUUCUCCACAUGCAUCUUGCUUGACUGGCAGACAUGCUUUUCCUCGACCUCAGCGAAAAGCAAUUCUGCCCGACCCUGUCACAUGGCUCCAGUUACAGACGGCAGCUGUAACACUUGUAGACUUCAAGCUUAUUCUGCUCUCUCCGUGCAGUAGACUAACCCUCGCUGUAGUGCCUCCUGUCUGUAUUCCCAUUCGUUCAUUCACCUGUCAGUCAUAAAUGUCUGUUUUUAAUGCUUGAAAACUAAAGUGCUGCUCAGUUUCUCCCUUUUCUUCCUUACACUCUUUGAUUUUCUUUUCAUCUUGACUUCCUUAUCUCUCUCCUGUCCUCUUCUGGGGUUUGCGUCGACCUCAGACACCUUUGCGACACCUGCGCCUGCCGCUGAAGCGUCCGCAGCCCCCGCUGAAGGUGGGGCCGCCGCUACGCCCGCCCCUGCUGCUAACGCUGGAGCUGGUGGGUGACUGAAACUCUGUCGGUGUUUGUGUGUCUGUUUGAGUGAAAGUGAGAGUAAAAGUGACAAAGGCGAACACUAAAGGUGCUCACAUGUUCCUGAAAAUUGUGUUUGUGUAAAUUUCUUGCGGGUUAUCUGGACUUUAUCAAGAUUUGGUCUCAUCUUUGUGUUGGCGUCCAGAUAUGCUUUCCAUCGCCGUCGGUGUUAUUGUUGUUGCCAUGGUGAUCAGAGACAAUGGUGUUACUUAUCUCUCCAGCUUUGGCGGCAGCAGACGUGUGAAUUUUUCCGUCCUGGAGAGAGUCGCUGGUGAAAUUCAUGUGGUUUGGUCGUAGGAUUCAUGAAGCUGAUUUGUUGUUUGGGUUUUUUUUUUUCCUGAUAUUUUGGAGUUUGUUGGAGCUCCGCACAUGUCCUCCUUUUCCUCCUCAGCUCUCAUGUUUUCAUCCUCAUCCUCUCAUAAAACAUUAAAGGGAUAUUCCAGCGUAGAAUAAAUUUAGGGUCAAACACACCAUAACAUCGAGUUAGACACCCCGUCCAGUUAUGUUAUGGUUUGUUUGACCCUAACUUAAUUUUAUGCCGGAAUAUCCCUUUAACUGUGUCUCAUCUGUUGACAGAAAUCACUAACAUCCAUCCUAACUCUCCAUUUCUCACCCCCCCUCCCUAUGAAGAUCCCUUCGCCUCCUCGGACGGUAGCACCAGCGUGGCGUCACCAGGUCUAGACCUUUUCAGCAUGAUGACGGCCGACGAUAGUAACCCCAGUAGCUCCUUGGAUGUUUGUUUCGGCUCUGCGGCGCCCUCCCCCUUCCCCUUCGCCGUUUUUUACCACCAGCACCAUCACCACCACCGCAACCAUAUCAGCCCCCAUAUCCCCCGGCGCCGCCAGCCCUGCGACCGACCUUUUCAGCGGUAAACAUCAGAGAUCUUAAGACCCCUCCUCUUCUCUCUCCUCCUAAACCAGAUGAAUUUGCACACUCUGACAUGUGUGAUGAUCCCCUGAAUGUUUUGUCCUCCCUCUCUGGGUGCAUGUAGAUAUUUUUGAUUCCAUGCCGGAUUCGAGCUGCACCACAGCAGACCCCUUACCCAGUGUUGACUUGUUUACAGCAGGUACCCUCUCUCUGUCUGUCUCUCUCUCUCAUUUCCUGCCUUGCCGUGUGUGUUUUCUCAGCUUUGUCCUUGGCUUUGACUUGCGGGUGAAAUAAAAGGAAAUGAGAUUGCUCACAUAUGGGUUAGCCGAGAGCUUUUUGAGCCGUCUGAGUCGUUUACUAAAUCACUCUUUUACCUCCUUCCCCCUUCCAGCAUGGUCUGCUGCGUGCUCUGGGAUUGCAAAUGAUAAAAGUGCAUCAUAUUGAGUCACAGUCGGCUACAGUAAAUAUAUAUGUGUGUGUGUGUGUGUGUAUGUGUGUGUGUGUGGAUUUAAACCUCAUCUCCCUCCUCAGCAGAUGUGUUCAGCUCCCCCGCCCCAAUCCUCACCUCUGCACCCCCACCCAAAAUUGACACGGGAGCCAUCAUGAACCUGUUUGGUGGUGGGUAAAUCACAUGAACGAAGGAUUCGACUGUAUAAGAGGCUUUUUCAUGAUCCUAACUGAUGAAUAGUUCUGUUGUUUAACUUCAUGUUUUCUCUGCAUAUCAUUAUUUCUGUGUGGGUCGACCGUGGAGGUGGAAAAGCAGUGCUGGAUGCAAGUUUUGGUCACGUUUUAGUGGUUGAAUUAUUUAAUCUUCGAGUUAUUUAUAUGGAGAGAGAGCUCGAGUUUUGUUUGUUGUAUUAUUUAAUUUUAAUUUCCUUGAGGGAUCCUUCCCAAAAGGAUAAAAACAUCUGAUCUAAUCUAAACAGAAAUGCAUUUAAUUAUCAACAAUGACUGUCAAUUAAAGCUUCUGUGGGGAAUUUUGGGUUAGUGUCAGCUUUGGCGCCCCCUGUGGACAAAUAAGUCGUUGCUUAUCUUGUCUUUGACAUAUGCUUAAGUCCUGCUAACUCAAAUGUGCCAUAAAACAUGAGUAUUUAACGCAGCAGCGAGCGGUGACCUUUUACCGUGGUCAUGAUGAAGUGUCAACCCCAUGCGAGCACCCGCACAAAAACACACAAUAUGGUUUUUCACUACUAUAUCAACUCGACUGUGAUAGACACACUCACUGUCUCCACACAUUAAAUGCGAGUAAAAUCAUUCGCGCGACUGAAUUACAUGUUAAAUCAAUGCAAAGACGCGAUUAGACGCUCGUUCUACUCUGGCAGCGCGAAUGACACGAAUUGGGGGAAGGCUGAAAGUGUCUAAACUUGAGCGGGUAUCUGCGUCGCAAUAACUAAUCAGCACAAAGGUUGCUGGGUGACGUAUGAAAACGGACGGUUGUUUACUGGUAUCUAAAAUGGAGGACAAACUGAUCGUGUCGGUGUGUGGGUGCCCCGAAUUAUAUGAUACCUUUUCUUUCAAUCACCAAAACCAAAAUAAAAAGGAGCUCAUUUUAGGAUUACCUGGUAGAUUGAGAAAAAAAAUCUUUGUCUAUCAUUUGAUCGGCAAGGAUUACCGUUGAUGCGUGAAUGAAGCGAGUAAAUACAAUUCAUUCAUGUGUCUGGAUUCGCGCGAGUUAAGCGAGUAGAUGAUUUUACCUGCACCUGAUGUUAGCGCCCCAUCACAUUCACACUUGCCCCAUGUUACCAACAACAACCUGUUGGAAUUUAUAGGUCAGCUAAAUGAAAGCUUAAAUAUUCAGGACUGACAAAGUUUGAUGCAAACACACACACAGUAAUGUAACCAGCUCCAUAGUCAGUCAAAUGACAACAAUCACAUGCCAAAAAAGUUACCAACAACAUGUUGGAAUUUACAGUAUUCAGGAACUGGUUUGCACCCAUGAAGUGGGCUCAAACCAGGUUCAGCCACACUCCAGCGGAGAGAGGAAAGGCAUCCCAGCGCAGCGGCAGGGCAUGAGUAAAAUACAAACAAGCUAGUUAUGCGCAUGCGCGUUGGCCUCUAGCACCAACUGUACUUCUCGGAAUCACAGUGCCAAACAAGCUGUUAGCUUUCCAGCUUUCACAAGCAAAAUGGGAUGAAACUGUAAAAAUGGGGCUGUUUAUUUAAGCGCUCUGGUCCCUCACAGUCUUAUUUGCUUUUAUCCAUCCCAUAAAACUCCCUACAGGAGCUUUAAGUUUGUCAUUAGGAUGUAUAUAUAUGUGUAUGUGCGAAUGUGAAUAUGACUCCUGUCUGAUCUAACCUCUCUAACUCCGAGCCCUCUUGUUUGGCAUCACCAGUGUGAAGGACUAGGCUGACUAUUCCCACUUCUUUGCCCUCAUGCUGCGAUGGAAACGGCGCCCUCUGCUUUGACCUGGCAUGGUUUGACCUGUCAGAGUCCACAGGAGGAGACGCCACAGCUGCAGCCGCCGCUGCUGCUCCUGCUGCUGCUGCCGCCCCCGGUGCUGAGCUCAUGUCAGGUGAAAACAGCCGUUCAGACUUCUGCAUGCAUGUUGUGUGUAAAACGAAGGAAUACUGAUGUGUUGCAGACAGUUAAUAGAAGUAUUUCCUUCUUUGUGGAGCGGUAUGGUGAAGUCAUGGAUGGGUUACUUUAGAGAGAUGUUUGAGGCUCAGUUCUGAUCGGUCUUUCUCUCCUGAUCCUGCUCAGCACGACUUUAAAUAUCGAGUCUCUGCAAAUCGAAUCCUUGAUAAAUCCCCCACGCCUGGGUUUGUUGAUUGUUUCCUGAUGUAAGUGCUGCAGGGCACAAGUGACAGUGUUCAUCCAGCUGCAGUUUUCCUCAGAUAUUAUUCUGAUGGUGGGGAGCCAAAAUGCUGAACUGUUGAGGUCAACUCAGUUUAUCCAAAGCAGGAAGAAACUUUGCAAACACUCCAGGUUGGGUUUACCUGCAGGAUGCUGACAGUGAUCAGAGGAGUGAUCUAGCCUGUAUAUGUCUAUGCUCAGAGGCCUGAUACUUUGUUAUCCAUCCAUGACUUUAUUUGUUGCUAAUUCAUAUGUAACUGCAUGAUUUUUAGUUGGUACGUGUUAGUAAGGUAAAUUUUAUUUGUUAGAGACACCUUCUAUUCUAGUUAUGGACCAAGCUUGGAUUAAUUAAUACUUGUUUAAAGCUCCUGUGAGGAACUUUUGGUUUGUGUGAACUUUGGCGCCCCCUGUGGGCAAACCGCUCUUCGCAUAUCUUGUCCUCCAUAUGCUUAAUGGUGUUUAUUGUAAAAAAAAAAAUAAAAUCCUGCCAACUUUGGACAGUCGAAUGUAGUUGUUGUUUUGGUAAAAUAAUUUCAUUUGCACGUCUCGAUUAAUAAAAUACAUCUGGGACACUAGACCAUAGCCUACCUACACACAUCCAAAACCAACUUUGAUUUAUUUUUUUUUUAUACACUGAAUACACCGAUCUGGGCAAAAUGACGUCAGUUAAUGUUGUAAAUAUCAGUAUCUGUAAAUUUUCGGUUUAUCGCCCAGCCCUAGUCGGAUGCAUCAUUAUUGUGAAUAUUUUUGUGGAAACUAAAAAACAGGCCUAGCUCUUCAGCUGCUUGCACCAAUUUAAGCUGUUAUAAAUUAUGAUAAUGGUAAUAAUAUUGUUAUAAGCCCAUUUCAUUAAUGUAGAAAAACUCCUCAUUGGAUCUUUAAACUAAAACAUUUCUGAUGACUGUUUGUCUCUAAACUCGUGAACUUUUAUAAAUCCAGGCUGUUGUAUUCAUCAGGUCAGACGUCAGAGUGUCAAACUUGUCUUUUAUUUGUUCUGUGUUCAGUGACGAGUCCUUGUAUUUGAACUACGCCCAUAUAUGGUCACGUCGGAGUCGUAUUUCAUCACAUCAUUCACAUCGUACAGAGUCCUGUGGGGAAUCUUUCCCCUUUUCUCCCCACCUGUCAGGACUGUUCGUUGAGUUACUGUGGUGACUGUUACCAUGGCAACACAUGCCCAUGCCCCGCUCACCUGUUUCCUCUCACUCCCUGUCCUGUGCCACUGGUCUUCAUGUUAUAUAACUGAUGGUCUGCAAUACUACUACUGCUGAAAGGCUUAACCCUUUCUUUCCCUCCCUCUCUCUCUCUCUCUUUUCUAUCAUUCAUGCUCUUCAUCACCGCCCGCUCCUUUAAAAACUUGAACCACGACGCUUUCCUCCUCCCUCCUCUCUGGCAUCUGAGCUGUUUUACUCUCCUCUUUCUCUCUUUCUUUCUUUUCCUCACUCUCCCUCACCCCCCACUCCCUUUCUCUCUCUCUCCAUCUGGCUCUUGGGCUGGCUCAUUGCUUGCUUCCUGCCAUUUGAUUGGGUGAGUUUCCUUGCUCUUUAACACGCUAAUUUCCCACAGUGCACUGCUGCAUUGCAGUGGUGAAAGGCGGCACGCUCAGCUGCACUGCCCCCCCUUCCAUUACCGACGCUCUGUGGUUACAGAGAGUGUGUGUGGAGUGGCGGUGGUGUCACGCCGCGCUCCUCUAGCUGUUAGCUUAGCUCCAUUCUAGCUGCGGUGCCUUUGCCCUCAUCCUUCCUGCAGCACUCUCACACAUUCACCUGAAAAAAGAUCCACCAAGUGUCUGUUUGGGCCUUAAGGGUCUUAAGUCUUUCUUUAAAUGAUCACAUGCAGAUUUAAAGUCUUAUAAUGUGAAUUAUCUCAGCAUUAAACAGCUGACAGACGUCUCCAAUAACAGAUUUAACAACAUCUGAAUGAUCUGUAAUUUAUCCAAACAUAAAGACGCUGAUUUUAAACUUGAUUCUCUCUCUAACUCACUUCCUAGUGCCCCCCUCUCUCUCUCUUCUCUGUUGUCAUGGAGACAUCUGUUGGUUGUCAUGGUAAUCCUCCGUAGUAGUAAAGGGAGACUGACUUGUGGUGGAGUGUGAGGAUGCUUACCCUGACAGACGCUAACACGAGCCUCCCUUCUCCCCUCCCCUCUCUGUAGUAUUUGAUGGAUUAGGAGAUGUAAUGAAGCCCACUUUGACCCCCCAGGGGGGAGAUGUUGACACCUCCAUGGCCAACAUGGCGAGUAGUAAGUAGUCUUUUAGAUUCCUAGUAAUGUCAGAUUGAUAACGGGGAAAUUCUCUGAUUUACUUUGUUUGGAAAAAUCUCUCAGAUUGUGGAAAAAGUUAAAAGUAAAUGAGCGAAUUUCCCUUCAUAAAAUUAAAGGGAUAUUCUGGUGUAAAAUUAAGUAGGGGUCAAACACACCGUUACCCCGAGUCAGACACCCCCUCGAGAGAUGAAUGUUGCCGACCGCUUGCUUCUCUAGUUAUACCAACUUUAGUAACGACCACAGGAUAGUAAUACAGAGCGGUCUGAGGAGCCAUAAACAAACCUCAACCAAAACGCCACUCUAUAGCCACAAAUAAUGCUCAGAACAGCACCUAACUUCAUCAACAGGACAUAUAGGGUCCCAGACAUAGUACUAGACACCAAACAUCUUUUUAACUUUGACUCAUUUCUUUAGCAAAGAGACUAAACACAACUCACCUACUCUCUUCCAGCAGCCGCUUCAGGCCAGUCCAUUACUUGAUCAUUACUUCAUGGAAAUGCAAUCAGACCGAGACGCUAAGGCAGAAGAACUAUCGCAUCUGCAGAGAAAAAUGAUUGAUAUGGAGAAUAUAACUUCAAGGAAAUGAUGAAGAAAUGAUCAUAAAUGUUCUUCCUUGAACUGCGUCACCCCGCUGUAGUUACAGCACAACAGCUCCUUGUCAUUUUCUUUCUCCGUUGACUCCGCUGGUUAACAAAUAAGAAAUGUCCCGCUUUCUGCCCCAACGCUGCAGGCACAUACCUGCGAUGACGUUGCAGAAACCCGUCUAUAGAGUGGCGUUUUAGUUUGUUUAUGGCUCCUCGGACCGCUCUGUAUUGCAAUCGUGUGGUCGUUACUAAAGUUGGUAUAACUAGAGAAGCAAGUGGUCGGCAACAUUCAUCUCUUGACAGGGUGUCUAACUCGGUGUUUUUGACCCUAACUUAAUUUUACGCCGAGAUAUCCCUUUAACUCGCUCCUCUGUCUCGUCAGUGAAUGAAAACUGUGACCUUUCAGUGUUUCUCUUUCUCUCUUUUUUCCAGAUCUCACAAUGGGAACCCCAGCGGCCCCUCAGGUAGCUCCCCCAUGUUGGGGUGCUCCCAUGGUAAAUGUUGUCUGUGUCUUAUAGCAUGGAGUGGAGACGCAUGGCAGCAACAGACAGGGCAUAUAGCAGCAAUCACGAGCAUUGCCUUCAUCUAGCUCUCCAGGUUCCAGGUUCAGCUGUAGACCGAGGAAGACAAAGACGACCUGAAGUAGACUAGAAGAAACCAGAAGUAGAAAUUUUAAAUCUUAUUUCUGGUUUAACUGGAACAUCUACUGGAGAGUUAUGAAGUGGCAAAUAUUAGAGCCAAUUGAAGAAGCUGUUGCCUGGAUACAGCUUCUUUCUCUUUAAGUUCCUCUUUAUUUCUGAGCCUAAACGAGUCCAGGAAAGCGACCUGGUUCUCCCCCUCAUAGCUGAAUGCAACCUUCACUAACGCCUUUGCUCAUUUUGGAUAAUUAAGUUUCUUUUUAGCAACAACAGAAAUAACUUUCUCAUCUAGAGGCUUCCUGCUAAAAGCUUCUCCCCUGCUCUCCAAACCCUGUUGCAUGUGUAGUUGUCCAUUUUUGUUUGUUUGUUGUGUCGACUUUUGUUGUCUGGACUCACCCUGAAUUUCCGCCGCAUCCGGAACAGCUUCGAAAAGGCCGUAUCUGCUGAUCAUAGCUGAUCGUAACCAUUCAAGUUAAUGCGUCAAUUCCACCGGCUUCUUUCCGUUCCUCUGUGGAUCGCCGGACUCCUCAGCUGAUCGCGAGAGUUCUGUUUUUUCCGGACGCCGGAGCAUGGCGGAUAAAUUCAGCACAGAUUAACUCGUGCUGGAAAGGAAGUCGGGCACAGACACAAAAUAAAACAUCCGGCUUCUUUUCAAAAUAAAAAAUUCUGUGUUUCAGGCAGAUCGUAUUUCACACCAUGCAAACAGGCGGAGAUGAGGAGAUGCUGAUUCUAGAAGUCUAGAAGUAGAUUUCCUCCUCUGGAAGGACACAAACUACUGCUUAUAUGGUUAGCCUCUGUGGCUAAAGAGAACUCGUUAUCGUGCGAUCGCAUGUGAAUCCCUGGGUUCUUGUGAGUUCUUGUGAUUCCUGCUGUCAUGAAAUUCACCUCACAAACAGAUCUGGUAGGAAUUGCUGUACGUCAAAAAUCGCCGAGGUUCCGGAUAGGAGCCCUUCCAGAUGCGGUGGAAAUAUCGGGUCAGUGUGUCUUUGUCUCUGUCUUUAGGGUCUGGGUCUUUAUGUUCUUUGCAUUGUGUGUCUGUCUUAUAUGUAGUCUUGUAACACCCCACCUCCUCCUCUCCCUCCCCUCCACACCUGUAGACCGUACCCAUGGGUGUCCCUCCUUUUAUGGGGACUUACCCCACCUUCGGCAUGGUAAGACCACCAGUCCAAUAUGGUCUAGUAAUGUCCCUGCCCCCCAGUCUGGACAUUACUAGAUCCUGAUGGACAAUGAGUCCCUCAGGUGUCCCUCACACCCAGCAGCCGCCCCACAUUGUGUCUCACUUUCCUCUCUAUUCUCCUGUCUGUCUCUGUGUAAGCCUGGGGCACCAGGAGCUCCCAUGAUGCCGAUGGUGAGGCCAGGCUUCCCUGCAGCGGGAGCGACCCCUGGGGCGCCGGUAACUCUCUCUCUCUCGGUUUCACUCUUUCAUUAAUAAAAAUAACAGCUAGAGUGAAAGUACUGACAUAAAGUCGUGUCUACAGAUGUCUCCCGGAGCAGCCCAGAGUCCCAGGAAGCCUCCACCACCGAGGAACGCUCUGGAUGACCUCAACAUUAAGGACUUCAUGUAGACUGACUGACCUGUAAACCCCCAAGGUACGGUGAUACGGGCUCUAGACAAGAGAUGGGAAUUGGGAAUUGAUACGAUUCCUUAUCGAUUCUCUUAUUGAUUCUCUUUGAGUGAGAAAUUAUGUUGCGUCGAGUUACCUCGGAAUUCAGAAGUCCGAGCUGAUGUCACACAUGAGUAACCAGCGUAAGUCAGACGAAAGCAAAAUUGGAGGCGGACACGAGAUGGCUACAUCUACGAAAGUUAUUUUAGCGCUUGUCUUGUCCGAAUAUAAGCAAGGACAAUACAAGCGCUGACAAUGAAGGCUCAACAGAUGACGAUAUUAUCGACAACACCGGCACAAAAACGUCGGUGGUGUGGAGGUAUUUUAGUUUUCUGAGGUCCGACAUCAAACAGAGUAAUGUGGACUAAAGCAGAUGAUACCAAGACGUUAGCCCUGCUCCUGCUUUUGCCUGUACCAGUCUCGCCUUCGCUAAGUAGCGCAUCAAACACAUUACACUUCCGGAAAUUAAUCGCAUGCUGGGUGGACAGAUAUUUCCGCAUAUCGGAAGUAUUUCCCCCCUUCAAUGAAACUAAAGCUUUUCAAGUAGACUUGGUAUCAUCUUUUUGCUUGAAAUCCAGCCAAAUUUCUGGAGCACUUUUGCCUCGGCGCCAUGCUGGAAAGUUAUAAACCAAAACACACUUCUCGCAUACUACAUCAUCACGCAUAGAGAUGCAAGAGGAACCGAUAAGAAGAAUCGUCAAGAAGGCAGACAAAAAAGAUCUUGUUAUCGAUUCUCAUCCCGACUCUAGAUUACUCGCUACGAUCAAAAGUAUGAGUUCUGAUCAGAUACUCUUUCCUCCGUCUGCAGGUUCGUCACCGUGUCUGGAGCUCUGUGGAUGUGGAUGUCUGCACCCCCCCACUGCCUUCCCCUCAGUCAUGCCCUCCAACCCCUUCAGCCAACCAGCCAUCACAUCACCCAUCUCUGCCCCGCCCCCUUUUCGCCCCCCCCCUUAUCUAAUGUUGUAGCACAACUGUGAAUGUGAACCCUAGAUACAGAAAACAUAAAUCUGUUUAUGUGUGUGUGGGUGUGUGUGCGUGUGUGUGUGUGUAUCAGUGUUAACCUUUACUUAAUAUACUAUUAAAAAAACAAACAAAAAAAUAUUAAAUGUGUAUUUAGAUUCAUUCUGGAUUUCUGCAUAUCAGCCGAUUGGAAUGGUGGAUAUAUGUUGGUUUCUCUGCGCAUCUCCCAAACGAGGACUAUGUUGUUAAAUGUGGACUGUGUUCAGUGUGCGUAACUUCACUGGCCGACCCCCCCACUCCCACUCCCACUCCCACUCUGGCCCUGUUGUCUGAACUAAUACUGAGCUAUGUUUAUGUCAUUGAAACUUGGUUGUACCUAUAUCUGCUUGGCCAUCCAUCCUCCCAGCUGUCAACAACUGAGAACAACUCUUGCACUGCAAAUCUGGACUUAUCACGGGACUGUGUUCGUUUUUUUUCUUUUUCUCUUUGUUUAUUUUGUUUUUUUGUUUUUUUUUAGGGAUCGUGUGAAACAUGCAAAAAUUUGUGAACUGUGUUCAAAUUGACAUAUGCAUUUUAGACUAUUUGAAAUGAUAGAUUACACAUAUUUUUCUUUAAUCUUUAUUUUGUGAGAAAAGAUAUCAUAUAUUUUUUAGUUAUGUCGAAUAAUCUCGAUUUGUAAUCAGGCAGUAUUGGACAGAAACUUUGCCCUGAGUGUUUACUAUUGCGCCAUCUGCUGUUGUGGUGUGAUACUGCAGCGUAGCAUGCGACACGAGUCAGUCUGGGGUGCGGUUUAAAGUACUCUCAGAGAGCGCCUUUCUCUGUCUCUCAUCCCACAUUACAUAACUGUCAGUGAGGGAGGAAGUCGGUCCUCUUUGGGUCGUUCAGACGGUUGGAGGUCUUCGGGACUCUCUCUGUAUACGCUGGAUAUUCUGUGUGUUUAUCUGUUUAUUUCCAAAAGUGACUGUAUCUUAAUCCAUUGUGGCAUUAACAAAGUGUUGAAAGAAAAAAAUAAAGACGACUAUGACACAUACGAACAGGAGGAAUGUGGGUAAAUAUCGUUUGUAUUCAGAUGGAGGUUGUGUUGUUCUUUCUUUGGGUUAUUAUGGAUGGCAUCAUCCCCGCCUCCCCCCAAACUCCCCCACCCUUCGCCCCACCUGCAUGUGAGUCCAAAUGAGAUGCAAUAAAAGACAAAUACACUGAUCCAAACGACCCUCACGGCUCAUCACUGAUCUCUGUUCUGCUUCUGUUGGCUUGGUCUUUGAAAAUUUCUGUAUUUUUGUUUGUUUGUGGCAUGAAAGUUUGAGUACAGACGAGAAAUCUGUGCUUUUGUGAAGCAUCAAAAAAAUACAUGGAAGUGUAUCCCUCCUCCUCAAAAGGUAACCUAAAGAUGAGAACCAAAUUAGAUGAUAGAGAAUUGCUUUUAGUGUAAUUUACAGCUGAUUAACCGACCUGUUAACUUAGUGGGUACAUAGUAAAAGCUAACACAGGAGGAAGGGUAAUUAGAGUAUUUAAUUCUCAUAAAGGCGACUCUGCACAACAUUGGGAAAUUAUAUUAUUACAGUCUCAACUGGGGAUGAAUGAAGUGCAUCAAAAACAAGAGGUGAUGGUGGAUUUUUUCAGUUAUUCACAAACUUUAUUGCACCGUUUUCUACAGUUAUGAAACAAAAAGGCUAAAAAUACAGACAGGCAACACUCUUAAAUGAGUCGGAUACAAACUUUGAUUAAUUUCCAUCAUAAAUACAGCUUAAACUUUAGAUCUAUGUGAAAGUCUCUAUAGUGUUUGUAUGAACCUCAUCAGGUGUUUGAAGCUUAACUACAUACAGAGUUCAUGGACGAAACACCUCCAAGUCAAAGUGGAGUAGUGGGAUUUGGACUCCCUCACAGCUGCUUUGGACUAGCACCAUGGGCCAUGUUAGCUGCUGUUAGCAUAACAAACCCACAUUUCAGAGCAAACUGUGAGGAUUAAAGGGAUAUUCAGGGGUAAAAUUAAGUCAGGGUCAAACACAACGUAACUCAGAGUUAGACGCCCCCUUGAGAGAUGAAUGUUGCCGACCACUUGCUUCUCUAGUUAUACCAACUUUAUAGUAACGUCCACAGGAUAGAAAUACAGAGAGCCAUAAUCAAGCCUCAACCAAAAUGCCACUCUAUAGGCACAAAUAAUGCUCAGAACAGCACCUAACUUCAUUAACAGG